UCAGGUGCGUGAACCAGUGAGUUCGAUGUGUUCUAUUUCGGAUUUUAUCUUUGUUUCUUAAUAGCAGUAAAUGCUGAUUGAGACGAACAUAAUAUGUCAGAAACAGAGCAAUUUAUGCUUAGCUUUCAUUUCCCAGCGAGAAGAAAGAAGCCAAGGUUAAUGGAAGAUACUGAGUUGGGUGCUCACACGGUAGCGUCUCAUGGAGUAAAGGUGGCGAGGUUCCACCUGCAUGACUGGAUUAUGCUGAUUCUCCUCGGAGCGCUUGAGCUCGUGUUCUAUGUUGUCGAUCCAUUUGAUCGCUUCGUUGGGAAGGACAUGAUGGCCGAUCUCAAGUACCCACUGAAGAGCAGCACCACAGUGCCAUUCUGGGCUGUUCCUAUCAUCGCCGUCCUGUUUCCUUGUCUGGUCUUUGUAGCUAUCUACUUCAGAAGAAGGGAUGUUUAUGAUCUGCAUCAUGCAAUCCUAGGCAUCUUGUACUCGGUGCUUGUGUCGGGGAUGGUGACCGACGCCGUCAAGGACGCGGUUGGCCGGCCUCGUCCGGACUUCUUCUGGCGUUGCUUUCCUGAUGGAAAAGAGGUGUAUGACAGCGUCACAACACGGGCUAUAUGCCACGGGCUAAAGGGAAUGAUAAAAGAUGGCCAUAAAAGCUUUCCAAGUGGCCAUGCUUCAUGGUCAUUUGCAGGCUUAGGCUUCUUCUCCUGGUACCUGGCAGGAAAGAUCCAAGCUUUUGAUCGCAGAGGUCACAUCGCAAAGCUUUGCCUCGUGUUUCUUCCUCCACUGGUUGCGUGCAUGGUGUCGAUCUCCCUGGUGAAUGAUUACUUACAUCACUGGGGAGAUGUGUUUGCUGGUGGUCUUUUAGGAAUAGUGGUGGGUUCGUGUUGUUACCUGCAGUUCUAUCCACCGCCGCAUCACAUACAUGGUUGGGGGACGCAUGCAUACUUGCAGGUGUCGACUGAGACAAGGAACGGUGGUCGGACAUGGAGGACGAGGGGGAACACGAGUGAGUCUGAGGUAGGGUUGGGAACUCGCAAUGGUUCAUGUGAAGACGAAGGUGGUGACGCGAGUACCGCAGAAGACAUGGAUGCAGCUGGCAUGAGAGAUAUGUUGCCUGAAGAACGAGUGUAAUAUGAUAUCUACGACCUUUCUGUAUUCCUAUUGUGGAACGAUCUGCUGCAGACAAAACUAUCGGACGUUUCAUUAUCGAGCACUCUAUCGAUUCAAUCAUUUACUGGAACAAACUAAAACGAAAAAUGAUAAAUACGUAUUUAUCAUCCUCGAAUCAUAACUCGCAUCCUCAAAAUUCACCUGUUCUAGAUAUUCCAAUUCAAAAAAUAAUAAUAAAAUCGAGUUCUCCUUCUAUAUCUGUUCUCGUUCUCCACCACAAUCAGGCAGCCUACAGCGACAGACGAUUAUUUAAUUGACUUU